AUGAAGACUCAACUAUGGGAGAUCCUUUUCUGCCUUGUUGUCUUACUACCUCAAAGUUUGAACCUGUUACAAAUUGCUGAAGAGAAUAAAAUGCUGUCGAAUGCGAACUGGUCGGAAUACUUCAAAACUCAACCGGGCUAUUUAUUCUCAGUCCUGAUCCCUGGAUUCGACUGGUUGCUCGAUUCUUUGACGGCUUUCUGGUUGAGUUUUUGGAAUUUGCACUUGAACGAUGUCAAACCAAAGCUUGCACUCGCUGCUGACAUCCCCCUUGUCGAAUCUGGCACGGCUGGUUAUUCUGGCGAGAGCUCAGUUAUCAAAAAGGGGCUGAGCCCUUGUUACGAAUGCUCGGAGCGCCCACGAAACAAGACGUACCCUGGGUGCACCAUCAGAAAUACACCUUCAGAGCCAAUUCACUGUAUUGUUUGGGCUAAGUUCUUGUUCAGCCAGCUUUUCGGGGAACCAGACGAUGAACAAGAAGUUUCACCAGACGCAGCCGACCCAGAACUUGCGGUUGGCUGUGGAGAUGGCCACGCUACCGGAAGUAAGAUGCAGCUCAGAACUUUGAAAGAAAACGUAGCGGCUUGGCAUAAAGCUGUCACAGAUGUCAAGGAACGGCGAAAAAGAGAUGGCCAUCUUUCGUGGGACAAGGAUGACACGGAUGCAAUGAUGUUUGUCGCCGCUGCAGCGAACAUCAGGUGCGGCAUCUUCCAGAUUGAACAAAAAACGGAAUGGAAAGUGAAGGAGAUGGCGGGUAACAUCAUUCCAGCGAUUGCGACGGCAAACGCAGUAAUUGCCGCUAUCGUCUGCCUUCAAGCCGUAAAGGUGUUGAAAAACAACAUCAAAAAGACUCGAGAAGUAUCUCUUCGUGUACAGCCAACACAACAUUACAUUCUCGCAGCUUCAACAUUUGCCGAUCGAAACGAUAACUGUGUCGUCUGCGCGGAAAAGCCUACAGUCACAAUCACGCUUGAUACAAAAAAAUUCACACUGAAAGAUUUCCGCGAAAAAGUCUGCCAGAAAAAGCUGUCAAUGCAUGAGCCCGAUGUGGAGAUGGACGGAAACAUCAUCCUUUCCUCGGACGAAGAUGAUUUGGACGAGAACUUCUUGAAAAAGACUCUCAGCGAAGUUGGCGUGAAUCAUGGGGCUAUUUUGACCGCGGAAGACUUUCAACAGGAGUUCAAAUUGGAGAUCCACAUCGAACACGCGGAGGAACUCCCCGAGAUCGAUGGACAAAACGACCAAGAGUUCCGAAUCUCUGGCCAGGAAAAAGCGACUGCAACAAUUACUGCCCAAGCCGAAGAAGUGGCAAUUGGCAAGAAAAGAGCGCUUUCCUCACAAACGGAAAGCGAACCCGCCGCGAAAGUUCAAAAGAUCAUGGAUCAUUUAGAUCUCGACGACGAUGACGAUCUCAUCUGCCUCUAG